AAAAAAGCAAAACUUUGGAGGAAAAAUGGAAAAAGUUGGAGACGCGAAGUUUGCGCGUGCUGGUCCUGCGGGGAGAUAAAGACCCGCAGCGGGGGUUUGGACGUGCGGGGUUUUUUUUUCCUGCGGGGAUUUUUCUACCUGACGAUGGUGUCGACGGAGCGAAUAACGCGGAUUCUCUCUUACUUCCAUUGAAAGCAGAUUCACUCAUGGAGGAAGGAGCCCGUCGGGAGUCAUGAGCGCAGGUGUGAAGAAGCCUCCAUUAGCUCCCAAACCUAAACUUCCUGCUACCGCCAAACCCUCUCCCCCGCCCAUCGCCCCCAAACCGGGGAUCCACGCGCAGCCUUGGGUCGUCUCCCAACCUUCCCCUGCCACGCUCAAGAGGGCUAAACCGGCUCUUGCCCCGAAGCCAUGUAUUCCCAAAUCCACCACGGCCUCCUCCCCCCCUGUUUCACCCCCACCACCCAGACCCACUGGACCCCUUAUCCUAUCUCAGGAGCAGCAGGAAGCUUUAGACAAUGGCCUCUCACUUCUCAACUCCAGAAAUGGGAUUUUAUCGGAGUUGAGCAAACGCGACUCGGACUACAUCAUUCCCACCUGCUCCUGUGGGCUCCAGGACUGCUCCCAGUGCCAGCGCCUGGAAAACGGAAGUGUAACCGAGAUUGGGAGUGAUUUGUUGCACAAAGAGCUGCUGCAGAAUGGGAUUUCUACAGAGGGCUUCACAGGGACGGGGCCGCGGGAGGGGGGAGUAGCUGCAGAGAAGGGUGAAGCUGGAGGGAUUAGCAAAAAGCCCAGGGAUAAACCUCAAAGACAGAGACACCUGGACAGGGAGCUGGCAAACAAAGAGGCACAGAGGACUGAGGAGCAGAAGGAGAAAGAUUCAGAUGCUGUAAAACAUCAGGAAAGUGCAGAACCUGAUGUACAGACUGAGGAGUUAAACGGAGAUUUAACAUACUCCACGCCCGCCUGUGAUGUUGCAGGCAGCAUCAUUGUUUUCUCGAGUGUCCCUCUCCGUGAGAUAUCUACAGAAUCCUUACAGGUAGAAUACAAUGAGCCCAUCAGCAGGUUACACUCUGAACUGCAGGUCCCUGCUGCCCCCAGUAAGCCUCUCCCUGUCCCUCACCCUCGUAAACUUAAAAAGCCGACGCUGGUGAGGCAGGACGGUGUGGAGGUCAGUGCCCAGGACCCGGCGGCGGAGGAACAGACGCAGUGGAAUGAGAUGCAUGAAGCAGAGGAAAGACUGAGUUGGUGUCACAGUUCAGAGGGUCAGGAGCUCACACAGGACACGAGUGACGACUCUUUACCCCAAAGAGACUCAGGUAUGGGAGACAUUGACCCGGACGCCCCCGUCCCUCCUCCUCGACAGACCUCCCUCUCUCCUCGCCUCCACAGAACAGUCUACGCAGCGGCCUUUCUCAACAAAAACACCUCGCACUCCUUAGACCUGCUUGCACAACGUGACGCCAUGAGCCACGGGAAAAAGGGCGAUGACCACCGGCUGGAGCAGGAUGAAGAGGACGGGUACGGCGACUUUGCGCGGUACCCGAUCACUCACAGCCUCCCCAAACAGAUCAAACUGGGCUGCCACCCUCUUCUGGCCAACGCCAGGAAAGCCUUCUCUGCUGAGGAUCAGCCUUUCCCGAGGGCGCCGCCAAGAAAACCUCAACGCCACAGCAUGCCAUCAUCCCAUCCGCCCUGCAUCUGCCCUCCUGCACCUCCACAUGCGAACACCCCUAUGAGGGAGCUGCCCGCGCCCCCUCAGGAGAAAACAGCCUGGCGCUUCACCCGACCCUGCGUGACCUUCUUCAGCCGGCAGAUGCCCACCAGGAGCAGCGUGCCUCCGAAGAGCCGAGCCCCGGGGCUGGGGGGCAAGCAGAGGGCGCAGUCCUUCUCCGCAGCUGACCUGGCAACCCGGGCCAACUCUCAAAAGAGAAGCCUCUCCUUCCGGAAGCUGCUGGAGCUCCGGCUGUCGGUCAAGAUGCUGCCAAAGCUGCUGGCAAAGUCGGGGCAGUCCCUGGACUGUACCAGCAUGGAGUCCCACCGGGGGGAGAGGAGCCUGGAGCGGCCCAACAGCUGCAUAGUGGAGUCUGAAAACUUUGGGGAAGAUGAAGAAGUGGAGUACGAGAACGUCCCUUUGUAUGAGGAGAUCCCCGAGUACAUGAACCUGCCGUUUCACAGUGCGAGGCUGGGGUGGCCCAACGACCCCGAUGCUGCGGAUUCAGACAUCUACGAAGUGCAGGAUCCUUAUCACCGAUGCCAAGACCACGAAUACGAGAGCGGCUGGCUGAGUCAGGACGUCCACUCCGAGGAGGAGGAGGACGAGAUCCACAGUUCAGACGAAGAGGACAACAGCUCCACCUCCAGCAAGGAGCACCUGGACGAGGCCGACAGACAGCAGGAGGACGAGAUGAAGAGGAAGAAGGUGGUGCACAUCGCCCAGGAGAUCAUGAGCUCGGAGAAAGUAUUUGUGGACGUCCUGAAGCUUCUACACAUCGACUUUCGGGAUGCUGUUGCCAAGGCGACGCGUCAGAACGGGAAGCCAGUGGUGGACGAGCGGAUCCUCAACCAGAUCCUGUACUACCUUCCACAACUGUACCAGCUCAACCGAGACCUGCAGAGAGAGCUGGAGGAGAGGGUGGCACACUGGAGCGAUCACCAGAGACUGUCGGACAUCUUCGUCCAGAAAGGUCCGUACCUGAAGAUGUACUCCACCUACAUCCGUCAGUUCGACAACAACGUGGCGCUGCUGGACGAGCAGUGCAGGAAAAACCCAGCGUUCGCCGCCGUCGUCCGAGAGUUCGAGACGAGUCCGAGAUGUGCCAGCCUGGCUCUGAAACACUACCUGCUGAAACCAGUGCAGAGGAUCCCUCAGUACCAGCUGCUGCUCACAGAUUAUCUGAAGAACCUCCCAGAGGACUCAGAGGAUUAUAAAGACACACAAGCUGCCCUCAGUAUCGUGAAGGAAGUGGCCAACCACGCUAAUGACAUCAUGAAACAAGGGGAUAACUUCCAGAAGCUGAUGCAGAUUCAGUACAGUCUCAACGGUCACCACGAGAUCGUUCAGCCAGGCAGGGUGUUCCUGAAGGAGGGCACUCUCAUGAAACUGUCCAGGAAAGUCAUGCAGCCGCGGAUGUUCUUUCUGUUUAAUGACGCACUCAUGUACACUACUCCGGUCCAGUCUGGCCAGUAUAAACUCAACAGUGUCCUCUCUCUGGCUGGGAUGAAGGUGAGCAAGCCGAGCCAGGAGGCGUAUCAGAACGAGCUGAACAUUGAAAGCGUUGAGCGCUCUUUCAUCCUGUCUGCCGGCUCGGCUACAGAGAGAGACGAGUGGCUGGAGGCCAUCGCCAAGGCCAUCGACGACUACACAAAGAAGAAAAUAACCUUCACAUCAAGUCGGAGUCAGGAGGAGUAUCAGGCUGAGGGGGUUGUCGACAGCGGAGCCCCGUUAGGCUCGAAGGCUCCGAUCUGGAUCCCAGACCUGAGGGCCACCAUGUGCAUGAUCUGUACCUGUGAGUUCACCCUCACCUGGAGGAGGCAUCACUGUCGCGCCUGUGGAAAGGUUGUGUGUCAGGCGUGCUCUGCUAAUAAGUACUACCUGGAGUACUUGAAGAACCAGCCAGCACGAGUGUGUGAUCACUGCUUCGCUAAGCUACAGGAGAAUAGUGACCGUUGUGCCUCAACAUCCGUGUCUCCCAUCAAAUCUGGAGCUUUUUCCUUCACUAGGAAACAGAAAAAGAUUCCCGCUGCACUAAAAGAGGUUUCUGCGAACACGGAGAACUCCUCCAUGAGCGGCUACUUAAACCGGUCGAAAGGCCACAAGAAGCAGUGGAAGAGGCUUUGGUUCGUCAUUAAGAACAAAGUCCUGUACACCUACGCUGCCAGUGAGGAUGUUGCGGCGCUGGAGAGUCAGCCUCUGCUGGGUUUCUUCCUGCGGGAGGAGAAGAACGGGCCGGCUCAGAAGCUGCAGUUCAAGCUGUAUCACAAGAACACGCUGUUUAACAUCUUUAAAGCCGACGACAUCCCCACUGCACAGAGAUGGAUCGAGGCCUUCCAGGAGGCGAUGAUUCUCGAGCAGUAAACUUCUUUAUUUUAGCAGUGAAGUCACAUCUCAGCUACGGAGCUAGUUGAUCGUUAACUUUCGACCCCCCCCCCUUCCCCGAUCGAUGUCGUGUCAGGGGUCACCGGCUCAGGAAGGACUCCGGAUGGACUGUUUAGUUUAAACAGAGACGCACACAGACUGUGUGGAAAUCUGCCUGCGUUCCCCCUCAAAGAGCUGGAUUCUGUUUCUCUAAACAUCUUCUUUCUGCCGACAGCAGCUGCUGUGGCUCAGCGCCGCCGGCUGAGGUCGGAGUUAAUCGUGAGUUACAGCUGUGGGUCACAGGUCAAGUCCAGAAGCAUGUGUGUGGAAGUGACACCAAACAGUUGUCAGGGUCGUUUAAAGCCCCUCGGAAGUCUGAAGUCUCGGGAGGAUUUUCUUAAAUGCAAAUGGAUGAAGGAAUCAUUUUAGUGUGGAACUAAAUAUAUGAAAUGUUGGCUUCAUUCAAGCACAUUGUUUAAAAACCCGGGUUCCAUUUUUUUAAGCAAAAUCUUGCCGGCAAACUCUUCAAAAUAAGAUGUUUGAUCUGAAUCACGGACGUAAAGUAUCUGAUGUCAUGUAAAAGGUGAGAUUUUACUGUAAAAAUCAGGCUUGAAGUUGAAUUUCUUCUCUUUAGUUUAAUCUCUCUGGUUCAGAGAUUUUACUCUUUUUAUUUUUAGAUUAAAAACAAUCAUUUAAAUCAUGGGAUUAAAAAAAAAACACAUCCUGGACAAAACUGGAAAUAUCAUGAAUAAUGUAGAUAUUUUUCAUACAGUUAAAAUGUAUUUUUGUUUGUUUUGCCACAUUAAAACAGUUUAAUGGGUAAAACUGUUUAUAUGGAAAUAGAAGAGCAACAUUGACCUUUUUUAUAUUGAAGCCGAGAGCUAAUAUUUAUAAAAUAGGAAGAUUUAUUGUUGGAAAAGCACAGGCUGCCGCUUAUUUUGGGAGUCGGGGUUUUAAUAUGAAAUAUGUUUCAAUCAAAACCGUUAUUUUUAUUUUUUUAGAUUGAAAAAAGAAGUGCUUAAAGAGAGUGGGCCUUUUUUUAUACUGUGGAAACUGUGCAUGAAAUAUAUUUCUAAGGAAAUGCUCAAAAGAACGAAAACAUUCAGAAUUUUUAAUACUUUAAUACAGAUUUUGUGCCUUUUUAUAUCUCGUGUUGUGAGAUAAAUUGCAAUUAUACAGGAGCUCUGUUUGAAAUUCUAGGAUUAAAGGUAUAAAUUUAAGCAUCUGUUUACUCACUUUGUACACUAGGAGUGGUUCUGUGGCCAGGUUGCACUGCAUCAUGGGAAAUUAGUUGAUUAGUUUAACCUGGUAACCGAACAAAUAAAAAAACACACCUGUAAAACUACAAACCUCUAGUACCUUCUCUACAAAUUGAGUUUUUUGAAGAAAGUAAUUUCUUGAUGCUCGUGUUCAGACUUCGUGGUUUAUACCUCCUGUUUUGAAAUAAACUACAUUAAUAUAGGUGCUAAACAAAGGUUGAAAUGUAGGAAUCCUGCUCAUGUAACCACUCACUUUGUAGCCUGGGGACUUGAGGUUUGAAUCUUUUAACAAAAAGUAAUUAUUCAGGUUUCUCUUGGACCAGUUGCCAGGUUGCACUUUGUGGGCAAAUUAGUUGAUUCCACAGAAUAUAAAUAAACUCACUUCCUCCUUUUUUUUAUUGAAGAAAUAAAAUGGUUAAUUCUGUCGUUAGAGCUUGUUGGUUGAUGUUGGUCGUUAUUUCCAUUUGUGCCUUUUUUCCCGAUUUGGAUUAGUGAAUAUCUAAAUCAUGCGCUUCUCCAUGAUUGUACAGUAACAUUUGUAAACAUCCACUCUGGCUGAGUUAGAGUUUCCUAUAAACAAUGUUUCUAAACUGUCAGGCAACAGUUUUUAAUAAAUACAAAAAAAGAAUAAAUAUAUAUAUAAAUA